GAAUCACCUUACUGAAGACACAGCCUCUCAACAGCCAGGGUCUGGGAGAAAAGUGGACAGGUAGCACUGGAUCCUCAGCCAGGAGGAGGUGGAAGUGCUGGCUAAAGCUUCACCUUGAUUUAUUGCCCAUCUCAAGAACCAGGUCUGCACCCUCCCUCUGGGGACAACCCCUCUUAUUCUUUAACAGCACCUUGGAUCAGCAGCAGCAUGUGUUAAUCCCCCGAGGCUGUCCAGAACCCAGAUAAAGUGCUUUUCACCUCCCUGCAUUGACUGGGCAAGGCAGUGCUACCAAGCAUGACAGAAACUGCCUGCCCCCAGAACCUCCUAUGUAUGAAGAUGUCAAUACAGAAACAAAUGCUAUGUUUUACCCAUAGAAAUUAGCUCGGGAUCUUACUUUCAGGCCAGGUUACCUGAAUGUGGUUACCUGAAUUCAGCAGCUCAGCUGAUGCAAAAGGAGAGAGGAACUGGUGCUGAGACCCAGUCAGGCCAGGAGAGAUCCAAAAUAGCUCCCAUAAAAGGGGGCUGUCAAGCCACAGUGUAAAGCUGUUCCCAGCGCUUUUCCCCAGGUUUGCUGAGAGAGUUUGUUUAAUCAGUACACUGACAGUUCCAAUAGCUCCAGAUUCUUAGAAAUGUACUUGGUAGCUGCAAAUUUCCCAGAAACUUUGGCACCAGUUAACAAGCCCAGGGCGUUCCCAGGUGGAAAUCCCUGCAGUGCAGGGUGACCCUCUGAGCCUUAGGGCUGGGCAGCUUCUCUUUUCACUUGCUGAGCUCUGAAACACCCCGAGGAGAAGCAAAGAGGCAGAGACAGCUUUGCAAUGUAAACAUCUCCUCUCCAUCCGAUAAAUACAUUCCGGCCAUCAAGCCACUGCCUGGGAGGGCCCCGCACCGUGCGCAAGACUUUCCUGGUUUGGGUGGGAGCAUGUCGCUCCCUGCCCCGGGGGAGGUUUGGUGGCAGGCCCCUGCCCUCUCCCUGUACGUGUUUACCAGCCGGCGGAGAAAAGCCGGGCGCCGCCGCCGCGGGGCCAGCGCCCUCUCCCGGGAGGCCGGCGGGGAAGAAACGUACCGUUCCCGGCUCGCAGGGCUCCCGGCAGCUUGUUUACCGCCUGCCGUCCCCACCUCCUCUCCGGGCUGUCGGGGUUUUUUUGGGAAACACGGCUCAGCCUGUGCCUUCUGCCAGCUGCGUGCUCCAGUGACCCUUAUUGUCGCCAGCGUUCAACGAGACAAAAACCUCAUCGGGGAGCUGUGGAAGGCACGGUGCCAACAGGUGACACCUCCCAGCAGUGGACUUAAAUCAGCCUUCAAAGGGCCCCGCUCUAAACACGCAGCGAGCCGGCCAGAGACAAUGAGCCGCUCCAGGGGCAAGCCCAAGCUGGCUCACGUUUUUUCUUUCUUCCUCCUAUUAAUUCGUGGGAACACCUUUAUUCGCCUGCCCCGGCACUUCCCUCCGGCACGGUUUAUAUCCUGCGACAAUCGCCAGGGUUGGAAAGCACCUGGUGAGCUGCGUGCGUGGAUGUCACAAGAAGGAGGAAUGGUCCAUUUUGUUGUGACUGGUUAGAUAGCAGGAGGAAGUGUGAUGCACCCAAAAUGGGCCUGCUACCAGCAAUGACACAGCUGGAAGGAGGGAUGAGCACAGGAUCAUAGAAUCAUAGAAUAUUUUGGGUUGGAAGGGACCUUUAA